UGCAGUUACAGUGUUAUUGACACUCAUUAAACAGCAAGUUUGAAAGUCUAAGAGUCUCAUCCACACUGUCAACAAGUUCAUCUUCCAAGCCCCAGUCUUCUCUUUCCUAGGGCUCAGGACCCUUCCCCUGCCACACGCAGGCAGCCUUGCACACCUGGGAGAAGAACAACAGACGAAAGCUCUGAGCCUGGGACUAACUACUGCUGCUGUUCUCAGCGGGAGCCCCAGCGCGGAGACUUGAAAAGAUGGGGCCAGGUCUUCUGGGAUGCUUUCCUCUCCUAUUGCUGCUGGGACUAUGGUGGUCAGUGUGUCCACUUUGUGCUUUGCCUAAGCAUCUCACCAAGGCUCGCUGGUUUGAAAUUCAGCAUAUACAGCCAAGGCUUCUCCAGUGCAACAAGGCAAUGAGCAGUGUCAAUAAUUAUACUCAGCACUGUAAGCCUCAAAACACCUUUCUGCACAACUCCUUCCAGGACGUGGCUGCUGUCUGUGAUUUGCCCCACAUCGUCUGUAAGAAUGGGCGGCACAACUGCCACCAGAGUCCAAAGCCUGUUAACCUGACUCAGUGCAGUCUCACUGCGGGGAAGUAUCCUGACUGCCGCUACCGAGAUGACACCCAAUACAAGCUCUUCAUUGUUGCCUGUGACCCCCCUCAGAAGAGCGACCCUCCUUAUCAUUUGGUUCCUGUACACUUAGACAAGAUUGUUUAAAGUUUCCAUCAUUUUCCCUCUCACUUGGCACAAAUUCUCUUACGAUCUCUUCUGAUUUUUCUUUUCUUUUGUUGAUUUUCCUGGUUCCCAUAGAAGGAAAAAGGAGGGUAUUGGAAAAAUUAGAGUGAUGAGGAUAGACCAGAGUUGGGACAAAAAAUAUGUAGGAUUCUUUUCUGCUUUGGAGCUCUAGGUUUUGAAGGAAGAUAGUAGAGAAGAGGGCAAAGAAGGGUCCAGGUCUCCAUAUUUUCAGCCUUAGAACUUCGGCCAACUUUUGUUGUAUUGUGUUCACAGAAAUAAAACCAUGUUCUGCUGCA